AGAAAGGCGCAUCAUCCAUUCACCCAUUUCAUGGUCCGGUCCUUUUUUAGUCGUUUCUAUUCGUCUAUUCUACUCAUGCAUACACGCAUACACGUAGCAGAACAUACGGUUCGCACCGUGGCCGUGAGAAAAUUGUCUUGUCGUUUCUCGUAAACGAUCGGAUAGUAACGCACGCAAUCUCGCCGAACGGACGACGACAACGAACGACCAUUAGAGAUUUUACGCUGGUGAACGUGCAUCCGCAAUUACGGCCGUACCAUGCAGAAUUUUGAUGAUCUUGAUAUAGAGGGGCGUAAUCCUUCUCACUUAUCAGAAGAGGAUAAGGAAAAGGAAGAAUAUGAUCGGAAACGUAUAAUGCGAUGCAGCGUUACCGCCGAAGAUGGCGCACUGAGACCCGUCUACUCUGAGACUGAAGAUGGUGAUAUAUGGUGUCAUAUCUGUAACGUUGCCUUAUUCGGGGCCCAUAAAUUGAUAAGUCAUAAUUUGUGUAAUCGUCACAAAAUGAAACUGGACGAGUGGCCAUAUCCGGUUAUGCUGUGGUCCAAACGGCCGGAUAUGGCCAAGAUGGUCGUGCCAGUGCAGUCUACCACUAUCAGCGAUACUCUGGCACCUGGCGAGCCAGUACCACCUGGUAUGGAGGAUCAGAUAACGCGGACCACUUCGAUACAGAUGAGCUUAGAUCGUCAUCAGAGCUCGCCACUCGUCGGUCUCGAGUACCUACUGGAGUUGGUGGACAACGACUCCUGCGAACCGAGUUACACGUGUGUUUUGUGCGACAAGCGUGGCGAUCCGCGCACAGUAAUGGCGCACAUUACCAGUUACAAUCAUCGAAUCACGUACUUGAAUAGACACUUUCCAACAAUAUCGCGAGCAAUUACGGAGUUACCGCGCACCCCCAACUAUAAACGCGGGGCCAAUGAAAUAUCGGUGUUAGUGGCGAAGAAAAUCGAAGAAAAGUUUGGAAGAAUGAAGCCGCAAUUGGCAGAUAAAGCUCAGUUUGAAAAGAAUAAGAUGCAAUAUAUCAAGAGACUCUAUCAGGACGUUCAUUUUAGGGAAACGUCAGAGUGUACAUUUAUGGAAGUUUACGAUGUGAGAUGGGUCACAAAUUUUGAUGAAAAAAUGGCAGAAGUAAAUGGUAAUAAUGUCAGAAAAAAAGAUUCUCCUGAGAAAAAGAUUGAUGAUAAAAUUAAGAAAGAAGAGAAGAAACAGGAAAAGUCACCUAAAAAAUUAGAAUCUAAAGGAGAGGUCACAAAAUCGGGUUUCAAAAUGCGUAUAGUUAACAAGGACAAAAUGAACCUUCGUAAAACCUCACCGAAGCCCGAGGAGAAUACUAAAAAAUCACCAAAACGGCCCUCAGAUGACACCAAGUCACUUUCAUCACUUUCGAGUAUAUCUAGCAGUCCAUCGCCAUCCCGUUCGAGAUCUCGUUCACCGAAUCGAAAUAAAAAAAGAAAUUCCACCGAGAGAAGUACAGGAAGGUAUCGUAGCAAUUUGCGACACUCGCGCGAACGUAUCCGUGGUCGGUCGCGAUCACGAUCGCGGUCCUUACAGCCUCUUAGGGAACGUGACAAGUGGGAUAAAUACCGCGAGCAGAUUAGACGCGCCGAGGAAACGUUAGAUCGUGCUCUAAAGUUCCACGAGAAAAAUCCUGAAAAGCAUCCGUCUUAUCCAGACGAAUGGAAGAAAUUCUGGAACAGACGAUACAAGGAACUCCAGGCUGAAGGUAACGAUCCAAGCAAGCACGACUUCAAACCGGAGUGGAUUGAGUUUUGGAACAAGCGGAUGCGCGAGAUUCAUAAUGAGCAGCUUCAGCAACGGAAAGAAGAGAUUAGAAAGAGGUUGGAAUUACCUGAAGAUAAACCCCCGGAGAAGUGGAUUCCUCCACCAAGGCGAGACCGAGAGCGAGAACGAGAACGAGAGCGGGAACGAGAACGAGAACGGGAACGAGAACGAGAACGUUCUCCUGGGAAGCGCAGCAGACAUCGCAUAGAAAGCGACGAUGAAGUAGAGUACGUUGGUACGAAAGUGGCCAAGCCCGACUAUUAUAGCCACGAAGUCAGAGACCGAGAUUAUUCGUAUUCGUACUCGCGCGGAAGAGGAAAUACGUACAGUCAUAAUUAUCCAUCGCGUACUAGACCGAUAUAUUACGCAACACCGUACCCUGUAAAAGACAAAUCGCCCACUCCACCACCUGUCACUGAAGAGGUAUUGGCAGAAGAUCUUGAAGUGGUUGGUUUAUUGCGAUUACUAACGGCGCUUGAAGGUCAGUUAGGAUCCCUUGGUCCUAAAAUAGUAUCUCUUUUGUCAAAAGCUUUAGCGGCUGAGAAGGCAAAGCCAAAUUCCGCUGAAGAACUGCUAUACGAUGAGGAAGUGAGCGUUCUUUUCGAAACCGUUAAAGAAAAACUCAAGGGUCAACUAUUUGCUGGCAUGGUGGAAAAAAUGGCGAUUACGGCCACUAAAUCGGCUAUACAGAACAUUGCCAAGUUGUUGCACAGAGCUUCCGAGAGCAAGAAAAAAUUAGAAGAAGAAAAGAAAAAGAAAGAGCGAGAACUUUUAGUAACAUCUAAACCUAGUUACGUCAAUCGGACCACAUAUUCAAGAUCGAUAGAGAUAGCUGCACCGGUCAUUAAAUCUGAACCGGUGAGCGUACCAGGCGUCGGCACAGUUGAUAAAGUCGCUAUCGCUCAGCAGAUCGCUGCAGCCCUUGUCGCGCAAGGUAGAUCAAAUGUUUCGCAGGAAGAACUAGAGACUCUUAUCAAUGCUGUAGUUGGCAUGGCCGAGGCGUCGAAACACUCUGAUAAACCCGUCACUACUGCUGACUUUGUUAAAGGUCUAGCGGCAAAUUGUGGCACUGUUACUUCUCAGAAAACAGAGACCGCGAAAGUUGCCUCCACUGUCUCAGUCGAAUCUACUAAACCUCAGGCAUCAAACGACAAUUUAUCGGACUUUGAUUUAAAAUUAAAAUUGCAAAAAUUUAAAGAUUUAAGCACACAAGAGCAACACAGUCUUAUAAAUUCUCUGAAGAAACUUGAAGCGAGUGAUCCGACGCGAGUGGAGAGGUUGAGAGACUUUGUUAACCUCGGCAUGUCAGUACCGCUGACGUCAUCGUUAAAUACGAAAUCACCGACUCCGGAGAUGGAACCUUUGCCGUCUGUUGGCAAAAGUAGAAAGAGCAUUUCCCCAUUUUCUAUUCGUAAAGGGAAUCAGAAUCCACCGGAUGAUGAAGACAAAUGGAAACCUAAAUUGGACAUGUUUGCGAACGAUGAGAAUGACGAGCAACAAACGAAAAAAGAUAACGAUGACAAAAAUAAGACAAUAGAAUUAUCUGAUGAUGACGAUGAUUAUACAUUCGAAGAUAUCUACAAGGCAGCGAAUAAGAAUGUGAAUGAGAACGAAAAAGCGAAGAAGUCUCGUACCUUUUCCAAGUCGCCAACAUCAUGGUCUCGAUCGCGGUCACGGUCGCGAUCGAGAUCGCGAUCACGAUCAAGAUCGAGAUCGCGAUCACCAAUGUUGAGGCAAAAAGAACCUACAAAAACGAAUGAUCCGAACACGAUAUUGAAUGAAACUAAACGUUUGAUUGCAAACAUUAUGUGUGACCUGCCGAAUAAAUACGUUCCAAAAUCAUUAAGUCUAGGCGUUGAAAAACCCGAAGCUAUAACAGGUGCUAACGAGCCGGCGCCGCCUGGUGCAAUGCCCUUUUACAAUCAAAGUUUUCUUCAAAACAAUCAGCCACGGCCACAGGAACAGCCGCCAUCGUUGACCUAUCCUAACAUAUCGAAUCAACAUUUCUCGAAUUAUCAACCACAGCCGCAAAUGUUUUCAAAUAAUCCCAGCUACAUGGACAACGGUUACAGUUAUCAGGGCUAUAGCAAUCCAGUUAAUCAAGGUCAAUACGGCGGACCGCCAAAUCAGUAUCCUCAGCAAACUUACGGUUCUUACGGUGCACCACCUCAAGCCGCGCCUCAGCCGAAUUACGUUCAGCAACCCCCGUCACAGCAUCCGUCGCAGCACCCAUCGCAACAUCCGUCGCAGCAAUACGACCCUUAUAUGCAGCAACAGCGAUUUUAUUGAAUGAAAUGUUCUUUGCUUCAUCGAUUUCUUCAAUGAACGUUCACGUUGUGACGCGUCAGGUCUACAUUAGACUAUGAACUCGAGCGAAGUCUUGGAGCUCGUUCCGUUUCAAUUUCACAGACGUACAGAUGUGCCUGUACAAGUUCUGAACUCGUUUCCUGUUUCGCGCUUCAUGUUUUUAAUGAAUCAUCCUCAUAUUUUUAAUGAAUCAAAUGUUAUUUUGUAUUUAGAUAAUAAUAGCACUUUUGUUUUUGUCUACGCAGGUGCUUCCGUAAUGUUGAUUAGAAAAGUUAUACUUAUGAAAGCUGUACUUAUAAAGUGCUUGUUUCAAAUGCGUCCGAUCAUUCUUUCUAGGUGUGUAUUUUUAUUUAUUUGCACGAUUGAAACACAUGCCUUAUCCACAUUUCCACAUACAAAAAAUCAUGGAUAAAAAAAUCAUAGAUUGUUAUAUUGUCAUUUUUUAUGAGAGAGAUUCUUAUUUCGAUGUAUAAACAACUUACAAAAGUGCUUCAAUUGUAUGAUAGAUACAUAAUGUACGAAAUUUUCUUUUUUACCCGUGUAUAUCGAGCAUCUUUUUAAUCAUAAUUCGCAUUUAUUCUUUGCGUGAAUUUUUAUGUAUUUGCUGUGCGGGUGUGUGCAAGUGAAAGUCUUGUAAACUGUGUACGUUGAUCGAAUGUACGUCGCUUUUGAGCGAGUUGUACACGUACGAAGUGAACGUGUGCCAUUGUUACAUACAUCGUGUGACUUCGACCAAACGAAAGUAAGUAAAAUAAUAGAACUAAUCGCCAGAGCGUGUGCAUCGUCACAACAUAAUUUUACUAUUUGUAAUAUUUGAUAAGUAAUAAUCGUCACUACUUUUGUCGCACAGAAAUUGUGGAUAUUUAACAAAAAGCAGGUCGCAAUGAAUGUGUAAAAGGCGUUUUAAAAACUGCCAAAAUACUUUGGCGACAUUUGGAACAUUUAACAUUUACUAUGAUCAAAGUGUAAUUCUUCAAUAAAUGUAUCACAAGAA